UAUUGUAGGGAAUAAAUAAUUCAAUUUUAAUUGUUUACUUAUUGAAUUUUAUUUAAUAAGAAGUUUUUAUAAAGACAAUUUUUUUUGUUACGAUAUUUAUUCUAAGAAAAUUGUGGAAGAAUAGCAUUAAAAAAAAAGAGCAAAAAGAAAAAUGAAUUAUCCAGUCUUGUUGAGUUUGUGUUUGUUUAUUUUUGCUGCAUAUGGUAUCCCAGUCAAUGAUCAAAAUGAAGAACCAGAUGGUAUCCCGGCCGAUAACCAAAACGAAAAACUUGUAAUACACAACAUCAAUACGGAAUUAUGUGAUAUACAAGAAGAUGUCCCAAAUGAAGAAAGCGAUAAUCAAAACGAAGAAUCAUAUGGUAUCCCAGUCAAUGAUCAAAAUGAAGAACGUAUUCAAGGCGAUGAUAAAAAUGCAAAUGCAAAUAUUCCAGAUACACGUAUAGGAAUUUGUCCACAUAAAUUUUGCAAAGGUUGUAUAGAUAAUUGGAAAAUCGAUAAGAGAAUCUACCGUUGUCCUUUAUGCAAUGAAGAAUACGAUAACCCUGACUAUCAAGAAGUAAAUAUCAUGUCCGCAGUUAUGAGAAAUACCGAUACGACUUCAGAUUUUACUGUUAAUAACUUUCGCGAAGCUAUAAGAGAUAUUCAUAUGACUAGAGAUAAUAUGGUAAAUAUGUUGUCCGAAACUAUGAGAAAUACCAAUACGACUUCAGAUUUUACUGCAAGUAACUCGUCCUCAGAUGAUACAAAUGUCGAUAUGACUCCUCAAGUAACACCUGAUAAUUUGAGCGAAGCUAUAAGAACUAAUGACUUGAGCGAAGCUACAACAAGUAGCAAUACAAAUACGGAAAAUAUUGUUCUUGACUUAGUCUAUACUAUGAGAAGUAUCAUUAUGGCUUUAAAUAAUACUGAUGACAAUACGGCUCCUCAAGAAACAACUUCGAUGCGAAGCAGAGAAGGUGAAGAAUAGGAAGUACUAACCAAAUAGCAGAUUCAAAAUGAUAAUAUUUUAUAAUUAUUCUAUUAAAAUUAUUAUUUUGUAAAACUGAUUUGUAGAAUAGGAUUAUUUUCAACUAUUUUAAAAUUUUUCUAAAAUAAUAUUUUAUUAAAAAUAUAGUAUAAUUAUUAAUUUAAUUACAAUGUAAAAUUAAUCUUAAAAAAAACGUUUAAAAAUGUUUAACAAAAAUUU